AUGAAAGCUGAAUUAGAUUUCAUAUUCUAUAAUCGUCUGGAAAAGACCGGUAGUCAAUCGAUGACACGCCUCAUCAAUGCAUUGGGCAAAAGAAACAAUUUUGGAACCUAUCGGAAUGUGAUAGUACCAAAGACAAGCCCGAUCGAAACAUUUGAAGAGGAAACCGAAUUUAUUGAACAACUUAUGGAACUGGAGCGACCAUCUGCCUAUGUGGAGCAUGCAAAUUAUAUGAAUUUCACCCAACAUGAUACGCCAAAACCGAUCUAUAUCAAUCUCGUACGUCAUCCCAUACAAAAGGUGAUCAGUGGAAUUAUACCGAUACUUGAGGCGGUCGAAGAGUCUGAUUGGACUGAGAAUAUAUCCAAUUUAGAGGAUGGUAGUGUAUUUGUCAGUCAUGUCAACUAUUUGAACUUUAGCAAGAAUGAUCAGCCGCGACCCAUUUAUAUAAAUAUGGUACGUGAUCCGGUGGAACGUGUGAUCAGUUGGUAUUAUUUCAUACGAGCCCCAUGGAUCUUUGUGCCAGGACGUCGUCGUUCGAAUCGCGAAAUGCCCAAUCCCAAAUGGGUUAAUACCGAAUUCGAUCAGUGUGUCUUGAAUGGCGAGAAAGUCUGCACCUAUAUUGAGGGUUCGCCACUUGAACGUGUGGGCGAUCAUCGUAGGCAAACCUUAUUCUUUUGCGGUCACAAUGAACACAAGUGCAUUCCCUUCAAUACGCGACUGGCAUUGCAGGUGGCCAAAAUGAAUGUGGAGCGUGAAUACGCUGUGGUCGGCACCUGGGAGCAUACCAAUGAAACUUUAGCCGUAUUGGAGGCCUAUGUGCCACGUUACUUUGCCGAUGCCACCAAAAUGUAUUACUCUGGCCUGAGUGGUGAAAAUAUUAAUAAUAAUCCCAUGAAGCCACAUAUAUCGCAGGAUAUUAUCGAUAUGCUCAAAAGUCUGAGCGCCAAACGUUUGAAUAAUACACGUAAUGCCGAUAUCGAAAUUCUAUUCUUCAAUCGUGCCGCAAAAGUUGGAAGUGAGGCAAUGCUUGAGCUAUUUAUUGCAUUGGAAAAAUUUAACGAUGAUCUGACAUUAGAACGAUCGGGCUUACAUCAGAAUGCAGUGAGGCAAUUGAAUAAGUCAAGACAACGUGAUGCUGCCAAUUUUGUGGCCGAAUUAGAUGAGGGCACCAUGUAUAUUGAGCAUAUCAAUUGGCUUGAUUUCGAUGAGUUCGAUUUACCCAAACCGAUCUAUAUCAAUAUGGUUCGUGAUCCAGUUGAACGUGUCAUCAGUUGGUUCUACUAUGUACGCAGCUCCUACAAGAAUGCCAUCGAAUAUCGUAAAUUUCCGAAUCGUAAAAUUAAGCCAGCAACAUGGUAUAAAAAGAAUUUCAAUGAUUGUGUACGUAACGGUGAUCCGGAAUGUCAAUAUAUACCGCAUACGGUUAAAGAUGAGUUUAGCAAUUUCAAGAGGCAAUCGCUUUUCUAUUGCGGACAUCAUGACGAUUGCAUUCCCUUCAAUUCGCCAACUGCCAUACAAAUGGCCAAGGAGCAUGUGGAACGUGAUUAUGCUGUUGUGGGUAGCUGGGAGGAUACGAAUAUCACAUUGACUGUCCUUGAGCAAUAUAUACCAAGAUUUUUCCGUGGCGCCAAGCUGAUGUAUGAAAUGAAUAAUAAACAGAUAACGAAUCGGAAUAAAAAUAAACGCAAACCAUUUAUAGAGCCGGAAGUUAAGGAUCUAAUUCGUCGUAAUUUCACCCAUGAAUAUGAGUUUUAUCAUUUUUGUAAGCAACGCUUAUACAAACAGUAUUUGGCCCUUAAUCUACAUGAAUUGGAAAAGCAUAAUCUAUUAACUUAGUUAUGGUGUUUAGUUAGUUAAAGCAGAAUAAACAAAUA